CGGAAGAAGAUAAUAAAAACACUACAACCGACCGAAUUCGAUUUAAGUAAUAGUAAAUUAAAGAAAUAAUAACCAAAAAUAAUGGGUAAUGCUAAAAAUUUAAAAACACCACAAAGUCGACCACAUUCCAAUCCACAAACAAGUAAAUUCAAGCACAAUAAGGUAGCAGGAAGUAACAAAAGUAGUGGCCAAAAACCGCCUUUCAAAAGGCCACCACAUGCACAUGGCAAGAGAGCAUUUGUAAAAUCCAAAGAAGACUUAAAAAAGGAAAGAGCUCUAAAAUUCCAACAACGCCAAGAGGCCAGAGCACAAAAACAAAAGGAACUGGAAGAGGAACGGGCCAAGGCCAAGCAAGAAAAAGAGGAAAAGGUGCGACAGUACAAAAAGAAACGCCUUGAGAGGACCAAAGCGCUAAGCAAGAGAACACAACGCGGUCAACCAUUGAUGAAAGAUCGCAUGCAGUUGCUGUUGAAACAAAUUCAAGAAAUGAAGCGAAAUGGAUGAUCUAUAAUAGAAUUGUAGUUAAUUGCAGUAUACUUUAAGUUAUUAUAUUUACUUAUUAAUUGGAAUAUGUAUAUGCCAUGAUGUA